AUGGUUCAGUUGGCAUUUUACGAGCAUCGUGGACGUUCGUGCAAGCAAUUGUUGAAGGAGAACGAUGGGUUGAUCUCGAUUGAACUGCAUGCCACAGACAGCUGGCCUUUCCCCACUAGUGAGACACGUUGGAUAUUGCAGUUCUACAGUUUCUGCACUCGUUGGUGUCGCGUCACACAAAUUUCCUGCGGUGGAUUGAGAAAGCACACCACUUUCGGACGAGUGAAAUUUGUAAAACCAAAUGCAGCAUUAAUUGUCACCGGUUGCUUCGAUCAAGACCCGGCAGCUCAGCGAAACUAUCCCCAUUUCUGUUUGUACUUGAGUACCAAAGUCACAGAUGCAGAGUUCCACAGUGGCUCUUUACUAUCGGGUUCGUUGCAACGAGGAAAUCGUCGGAAGGGUCUGUGGGAGACCACACAUUACGCGUUGGUACAACGUAAGGAGCAAAUUGAAUGA